AUGUCUGCUCCCGUCAGUUUGUGGUCAUUAUUUGACAACUUUGUCUACUCAAUUGUCGGCCGGCGACCUUCGAAUUUCGAGUUCAUUGUCGGCAAAACACACUUGUCGACAUGGCCUGUCGUGGCGAGCAUUAUUGUCGGUUAUUACACGGUAAUUUUUGGCGGACAGCGUUUGAUGCGGUCUCACAGCCCCAUUCGCUUCAACAAAGUCUUUCAGUACUACAAUCUUGUUUUCUCUUUGGGUUCGCUCUUUCUUGCGCUGCUGAUCUUUGAACAAGUUGCUCCCAUUAUUCGUGAGCACGGUUUGUUUUUUUCUAUCUGCAAUGAGCAAGCCUGGACCCAACCGCUGCUUUACCUUUAUUACCUUGCAUAUAUUUCAAAGUAUCUAGAGCUUUUCGAUACCGUGUUCCUCGUUCUCCGUAAAAAGCCGUUACAGUUUUUGCAUUGCUACCAUCAUGGAGCCACUGCUGUGCUUGUGUAUUCGCAAAUCAUGGGCAGAACGUCGAUUUCCUGGCUGGUCAUUGAGUUGAAUCUGAUGGUGCACGUUGUCAUGUACUAUUAUUACUACCUAGCCUCUCGCGGAGUCCGCGUGUGGUGGAAGAAAUGGGUAACGCGUUUCCAGAUUACACAGUUCUUCACUGAUCUUGUGUUUAUCUACUUCGCCGUCGCAACUGAAUUGAUGCACCGCGCCGGCAUCAGAAAGGGUUGCAUGGGUCACUGUGCCGGUCAUCCCCUGGCUGCCUUCGCGGGAGUGUUUACUUUGUCGUCGUACCUCUUUUUGUUUCUCGCAUUUUAUCGUCACACUUACAAGACCCCACAAAAGAAAGCAGGAAAGUAUAAACAGUCGGCAGUCAAAGUUAUCGAUGACAAAAUGCAAAAUGCUGAAAUUAAGCUCGUGACAAAGAACAGUUCUCUUGCUGAGGUUCAUUGCAAUGGCAUCGUUGCAAGUCUGUGCCCCGUCACUCCUAGAACUCACAACGAUGAUUGA